CAGAGAAAUUCAGAAAGUAGUGGAGAUUGGGUUUGGUAGUACUAGUUGUGAGAGACUGAGUUGAAAUGUUAGAGAAGAAGAUGAUCUUGAGUUCUAAUCCUAUGAAGCGUCUAAAGACCAACAACACUGAUCAUAAUGAAGACACUAGUACGGGUGACUCCAGCAAAGAUUCAUCAAGUUUUUCGGGGUUGUGGGAAGGUUUAAGUCCAGAAAUUCUGUCUCUAAUCUUUGUGAGAAUCCAACAAGAUGAGUUGGUAAAGAUAGUUCCAUUUGUUUGUCAACCAUGGAGGGAAGUUGUAGCUGGUCCAUAUUGUUGGUCUGAUAUUGAUAUUGAACAAUGGUGUCGUCGCUGUAAUGAUUCUUCAAAGAUCGAUUUGGUUGUUCGUAAACUAAUUCGUCGGAGCAGAGGCCAUUUUCACCGACUUUCUGUUUACAAGCUCAGUAACUUUGGGUUUACUUUUGUUGCUAACUGUGCUGAACACCUCAAGGCAUUACAGAUCCCAAUGAGUGGAGUAACUGAUAAGACGGUCAAGAAGUAUGUCACGUCCUUUGCAAAGUUGACAUUCUUAGACAUCAGCAACUGCUUACAAAUUACUUGCAAAGGACUUGAGAUUCUAGGAAAUAACUGCAAGUCGCUGACUUCCUUGAGGAGGAACAUGCCACCACCGGAGUGGGAAAAGGAUGGAAAACUACCUGCUGCAAAGAGUAAUGAUGGAGAAGCAAUGGUUAUAGCUAAUACAAUGACAAGUCUUUGCCAACUCGAGCUUGCUUAUGGUCGAUUUGGUGAUUUAGGGCUUGAUGCAUUGGUUACUAAGUGCAAAAACCUUACCCAUCUUGACAUACUUGGGUCUGUUUGUGUACGGCUUGAUGGUGAUCUUUUGGACAAAUGUGAACGUCUUAUGGUGUUUAGGGGGCCUUGGGAUCAUUAUGAUGCCUUUUCAGACAAUGAUGGCGAUGAUAAUGAAGCUGCAUCUGGGUCAUCAGACUCAGAUUACGAUCAAUGAGGUACUCUAGUUUCUUGGUGUGUUUUUUGGGAGUCCCGCCUGUGCAUUGGUGUUUCCAGUGGUUAAUAGUAGGUGGCUUUGAAGUUAUACUGGAUGCUUUAUAUUUUGGUUAUCGCCACAUCUUUUGAUUUUACCUCUUGAGGAUGGGAUUUAGACUAAACUAUGCUAAAGAAAUACUGCAAAUAACUAACUUAUACAUGAUUGCUGGUCCGGUGCUGAACAGACAAACCUAGCCCUUUUCUUUCUUUCUCCAGUUUAGGUAGAGGGUUUAUAUGAAGUCCCUAGAUGGAAACUCCAUAUGAUUAUAUUUAUGUUAGUUUAAGUUUGUUAGAUUUCCUCAGCUUUAUAUGAGCACUCUUCGUUUACCAACAACU